AUUUACUUCAUUACGCGCUGAAGAGGAAGAGGAGGAAGAAAAUCGUCGCUCAAAGGAUGCGCUCAACAAGAAGCAUUGAAAGUUAACAAAGAACUCGCUGGCUGGGUCGACCGCCGCGACUCGACGAGUCCUCCCCACGUCCGAUUCUCCCUAUGGGUGAACGUAAUCCUCGCGUAGCCAAGAAAAAGACGACGAGUAGCAUGGAGUCGCGCCGCGGCGAAUCGAUUGCUGGAGACGAGCCUCGCGGAUGCUGUCGGUGCGGCGGCCGCAGCUCCGCGGGUUCCUCGAGAAAGACGCGUCCGAGGAAGUCGCACGCGUUGGCCUGCCCGAAGUCUCGAAGAAGGUCUGACGACGAAGACGAGCGGAGGGAAGAGGAGGGUGCGGGAGGUGGCAAUUCGUGCUAUGACAAGUUUGCUCUGGCGAAGAGGCUGCACGCGGAGAACCUGCAGCACCAGCCGCUCCCGGACAAGGUGGACGACCGCGUGUUCAGGAACCUGACGGCGCACGGUUGCCGCUCGGCCGCCUGCGAGCCCGCGAGGAGCCGAGGGAACGUCCGGGUCGCGAGGCGAGACCGCUGUUUCGCCGAUCCGGCGCUCGGCUACAAGCAGCCCGAGACCCGCAUGGACUUGGCCAUCUGCUGGGAGACGCCCGUCGACCCCGUGUACGAACCCCGCAAGCCGGCGCACAUCGACGGCUCCGAGGGCGGCUCGGCGCCGGCGAUCUUCGCUCUGAUCCAGCACUCACCGGCACCGAGAAAUCGCGAGCUACUGGAGCACGGUCAAGAAGAUAAAAAAGGCGUCUACGAUUGCGCGGGUAAGAAGAAGAAGAAGAAGCGAGAGGCGGACUCGGGGAAUCGAUGCUGCUGCGAGUGUCUCUGCGACGGCAUGGAGACGGUCACGGUGGCGGAGAUCGCGGAGGUGUCGCGGGGCGGGAAGCCGGCGAGGGCGAGCUCCGUGCCGCAGAUCACCGAGCGCAGGUGCGCCGCCUGCGAGCCGGACGGCGAGCUGGAGAAGAGGCGACGGGACCCGCGACUGAUCCGGUCCGCUGUAGGAAUCGCGCUCGGGACUCGCGAGGAGAAACACGACGAUGUCCGCAGGAACGGACUGCCUCCGGCUAAGCUGACGGUACCGAGGCCGCGGACGCCGUUCGCCCGGAGGGCCUUCUGCAUCGACACCCUGGCGCCGCCGUUCAGCGUGGUCCACGGCUGCCGGGACGCCGACUAUCCGGAACACUGGCGUCUCAUGUCCGUGUACCAACAGUCCUACAGGAACCCGCAGAGACGGCGGGCCCACCACUUCUGACGCGAGCCACUUCCGCCGAGGACAAAGCGGCGACGCAGAUAAACGCAGAGGCGAGAGAGGCGGAAAGCGAAAUUUCAUUCGAUUUAUCUAAUCGAAAACGGAGAUAGACGCGAGAGAGAGAGAGACGUCGAGAUUUUCCGAAAUUAGUUGCAAUGAUAAUUAUUACAUUACAGCAUGCGAUUAGCGAGAAACAGGGCCGAAGGUCGAACGGGAUAUUAUCGUCGGUUUAUUAUCGUUGUUAGCUGUUGAUUCGUUGCUUUUGCGUUGAGUGUGACUAUUCGGUUGAACGUUCCGUUGUCUCGAUUGUUAAAUAUAUGGAUAAUCCGACGCACUAUUCGCUCUAUUGAAGCAAAUGGAGCGUGAAAAUAUCGUUAUAGUUAAUAGUUAAAUAAUAUGAGAAAGAUAUAUAAUGAAAUAUUUACAGGACGAAUAAAAGGUGAAGAAUACGUGCGA